CCCUGUGCGAUUCUUUGCUUAGAGAGUCGCACUCAUCUUUUGCCCUUUUCGACAGAUCUCUCUCUCUUUUACCACUAACAGAAUGAACAAAUUUCCACAAGCUUUUAUUUUAUAAUAAUCUGGGUAUCUAGGUUUUCAGGAACUGAAAAUCACAACAGCAUCGCACCACUUAAAACAGCAGAUUUAGCCUUCCAAACCCUUUUUUAUUUUCAACACACUGAAAUCCGCUUCGUGGCUCGGAAUUGGGUGAAUUCCUUAGGACUAUUUUGGGUCUGGCUUGAGUUUGAUGUGAAUUGCUGUGUGAAAAUGGGGAAUCAUAGCAACAGCAACAGUAGUACUCAAGAAGAUGGGAAUAAGAACUCAUCAACGGUAUCUAAAGGAAGUGGUGGUUUAGGUGGAGCCACCAGGUCAUGGGGCACCACCGUCUCUGGCGGUCAAUCCAAGUCAACUAGCGGUAGCGUGGGGUCGCCUUCGAGCCGGAGUGAGGCUGCUAUGGCUACUACGGUCAGUGAUAGUGCGAUAAUGCGGAUGAACAAUCUUGAUAUCCAAGGAGAUGAUGCAGGGUCUCAGGGGACUGCUGGGAACAGGAAGAAAAAGAGAGGACAGCGUGCAGUUGGAGGUGAUAAGAGUGGCCGUGGGCUUCGUCAGUUCAGCAUGAAAGUUUGCGAGAAAGUGGAAAGCAAAGGAAGAACUACUUAUAACGAGGUGGCUGAUGAGCUCGUUGCUGAAUUUUCUGAUCCCAACAAUAGUCUUGCAUCUCCAGAUCAGUCACAGCAACAAUACGAUGAGAAAAACAUUCGUCGGAGGGUUUAUGAUGCUUUGAAUGUGCUGAUGGCAAUGGAUAUAAUCUCUAAAGAUAAAAAGGAUAUACAGUGGAAGGGUCUUCCCCGGACUAGUUUGGACGACAUUGAAGAACUGAAGACUGAACGCCUUGGAGUUCGAAGCCGAAUUGAAAAGAAAGCAGCAUAUCUGGAAGAAUUGGAGGAACAAUACGUUGGCCUUCAAAACCUCAUACAGCGCAAUAAGCAACUAUAUGGUUCAGGAAACACUCCGACUGGUGGAGUUGCAUUGCCUUUUAUAUUGGUCCAGACUCGUCCUCACGCUACUGUGGAGGUGGAAAUAUCUGAAGACAUGCAACUGGUGCAUUUUGAUUUCAAUAGCACUCCCUUUGAGCUACACGACGAUAACUAUGUCCUCAAGGCAAUGAAAUUCGCUGAAAAGUCGAGAAACGAUGGCACUGCCCAAAAUAUCCCUUCAGAUGGAGGCGAGAGCUGCAGCAUGGUGACUAGCUACCGAACUCAAGGACCUCAUCCUUCCGGGUCAAGCAUCUCGAGUAGGCCUCCAAACUCAUCCCCGCUUCCCGGAAUAUUGAAGGCACGUGUGAAGCACGAGCAGCAUUAGGGUUGGACUCCGACGCUGAAUCUUCCAGUAAUAUCCUCGUCACAUCUGUACAUAUAUACUACAUGAAAUGGGAUCAGAGCAGGUGGGCGGGCUCGUUAUAGCCUACCAUCGCCUACAAGAACUUUUUUGCAUGGCGCUGAAUCGAGCGGAAAGUAGGAUUAUUUGUAUCCCUCAGGUAAGUAUGAGUAUCUUGAUUACUUGGUAGAUCAUCUUAUACAUAACACACUAUAGGCGUCUAAAAUUAUGCUCCCCUUUGUCUUCGUUGUUUAGAAGAUGAACUUCAACUCUAGGCAAACCAUAUUUCGACUUAUUUUUGCAUAACUUCUUAUUUUCCUUA